UAAGUUGUUGACAAAUACAUUCAUGUUAAACAACACCUGAAAUGACAUUAUAUUGUUUUGUGAAUGUUGUUAAUAUUAUAUAGAAUUCUCUCUCUCUCUCUCUCUCUCUCUCUCUCUUUCUCUCUCUCUUUCUCUUUCUGUCUCUCUCUCCCUCUGUCUCUCUCUCUCUCCCUCUCAUGCUGAUGGAAUAUAUUCUCACAGCGACCUCAUCUGUCUGUUAUUUAUUUCUGUCAUGCGCACAACAAACUGCAGCCUCACUACCAUGGAAGUGACCACUGGCUCCCAAAGGCAGAGCAAGAGCAUGUGUCAAGUAAGAAAAAGUAAGGAUAUGAAACACACCGGAAACACACAUCUCUACCUUAAAAAUAAAAGCGCAAUACAGCUUCCCAAGUUGAGUUGCAAUCUUAUGAAUUCCGGCCCCUACCUCUCUGACAUCCUCUGAACGUCCCUGGCUUUGACAGUUUUUGAUUCAGAAAUUGUCUUGCAGCACAUCCCCUUAAAGGUUCAGUGUGUAUGAUUUACUGCCAUCUAGAAGUGAAGUUACUUUUUUUUAGCUGUAUACCCCUCAUCUCAACCGCGGUCAUCAUAAAACUCAAGUUGUGUUUAGUUUGUCCAGUCUGUGCUUCUGUACAAAACAUGGAACACUGUAGAGAGGACCAGCUCCUUAUGUAAAUAUAAAGUAUUUAAAUUGAAAAAGCCCAUUCUGGGGUUAAAAAAAACAACUAUUCGUACAAUUUAAAUGCAACACACCAGUGAAAACAUCACUAGGAUUAUUUAUAUAAAAUGUCUGCCAUUUAAUCCGUUUAAACUAAAUUUUACAAACUGGAACUUUAAUCCUGCUCUUUUAUUGUGAAAGAUAAAACCGGACGUGACUGGCUUUAUUUGGAGGAGUUCUGGCAGCGCAGGGAGGACAGCGAUGGGACGCAGGCGAUAUUUACUCCCAAUAAAUGACACUGGAGCCCGGACCCAGGCGUCAGUAAUGGCCGGGCGAUAGUGGGAGAGUAUUGUGGUUCUUCACGUUGUGUUGGUUCUUGAAGGACAGAGACCCAGAGGAACUUAGCGGCUUGUUCUUCCAGAGGGAGGAAGUUUGCCGCGGCGGGGGAACCACAAGAGGAAGCCGGGGAGGGCCGAAGUGUCCCGUCAUGGAGGAGUCCGGGUCGGCCCUGGAGAAGAAUGUGGCUGACCUCACGGUGAUGGACGUGUACGACAUCGCCGCCGUGGUGGGCCAGGAGUUCGAGCGCAUCAUCGACCAGUACGGCUGCGAGGCUCUGUCCAGGCUCAUGCCCAAAGUGGUGCGUGUGCUGGAGAUCCUGGAGGUGAUGGUGAGCCGGAGCAGCAUCAGCCCGGAGACCGAGGAGCUGCGGCUGGAGCUGGACCGGCUGCGGCUGGAGAGGCUGGAGCGGCAGGAGAAGGAGCGGAGGCACAAGAAGGAGCUGGAGCUGGUGGAGGAUGUGUGGAGAGGAGAAGCUCAGGAUCUGCUCACCCAGAUCGCUCAGCUGCAGGAGGAGAACCAAUCCCUGCUCACCAACAUGUCCAUCAAAGACCCCAUGAGUGAGGAGGACCUGCAGCGGCAUGAGGGUAUGACGGAGAGAGAGAGGCAGGUGAUGAAGAAGCUUAAAGAAGUGGUGGACAAGCAAAGAGACGAGAUUCGAGCCAAGGACCGGGAGCUCACGCUGAAAAACGAGGACAUAGAAGCACUCCAGCAGCAGCAGUCUCGCCUCAUGAAGAUCAACCACGACCUGCGUCAUAAAAUCUCUGUGGUGGAAGCUCAGGGGAAAGCACUCAUCGAACAGAAGGUGGAGCUGGAGGCCGGCGCUCAGGCCCGGGGCCAGGAAGUCAGCGCCCUGCGGCAGGAAGUCUCGCGCCUAAGGGAGCGACUUCAAGGAGAGCUGCCGGACCAGAAUCCUGAGGAACCCACACCUCAGCCCCCUUCACCUGCAGAGCGUGGCAAAGCUGCUACAGUUGGGGCAUCUGGGGGCUGGUCACAGAGACCUGACCUCUCUGAGCUGAUGUGUGGUGGGGUUGACCCUGCCCCGCUGUCCCUGCCCGGUUCCCUCAGCCCAGAGGGACACGAGGACGGGGAUGAGGAGUCGGAGGAAGAGGCAGUGUUGCUUUGGGAGGCGAUGUGCGAUGAGGACAUGCCUGCUGUGUUCCAAUAUUUUACCAAGGAGGCGCUGUGCGAGGAGGAGAUGGGAGGCCUGGACCCACAGGACCCCAACCGGCCCCGGUUUACGCUGCAGGAGCUGAGGGACGUCCUGCACGAGAGGAAUGAGCUCAAGGCCAAAGUUUUUCUGCUGCAGGAGGAGCUGACUUAUUACAGAAGUGAUGAGACAGUAGACGAGGCUGUGACUCCUUCUUCAUCUCCCUCGCCUGAACUGAGGACUCGCUCCAGAUCUUCUCCCCAGCCAGAGUCCGGAAUCAAACGCCUGUUUAGCUUCUUCUCGCGUGACAAACUGCGGAAUUCGCAGCGCAAUGCACAGUUUGACGGCAGCUUUGGCUCGUGGGCGGGGAAGGACGAGGUGUACACAGAAGAAGCCCAGGAGGCGCUGCAGCACAUGUAGUCACCGGACACAGGACUCGCUGAGGUCACUCCAACUCCGAAAAACUCUUAACACUCCAUGUUCAUCACUCAAGGGCCAGCUCGUGAACCACCGACCGCACACCACACCGCCACCAGGGACUGCAGCUGAAAUCUGGUGUGCAUGAGGAGAUUGCUGAGAAGUUAAGAGCAUCAGAAAAACUCAAAGGUAAAGAUAAUAAAACUGGAGGGCAAAGUGGGAUUUACAUUCUUUUUUAAGUGGACAUCGAGGUUUGAUGCUUCUGUGAAUAACUGUGGUGUGACCGGCUGUGUUUUAAUACAAGUGGCACUUCAUCUUCAUUUAUAAUCACCCAGCGAGGGGGAAUAAAUGAAUGUACAACAACGAGACUACAAAAUGAGUGUGUCAAUGAGUGGUAACUUAUUUUACAUUUUUACAAAUGCAGUGAAUUAAUGAUACUUGAUUAAGGGGUAUUAUGUUUUGACAAUAUCUGGGAUUCAAAGGGAUUCGGAAGAAUUUAAUUAAUGAGACAUUUAAAGGGAAAUACGGUCAAAAACAGCUAAAAGUCAAAGUUUUCUGAACAGCUGACCCCUUGUUCUUCAGCUGCAGGUUCUUCUAUGAACCUAAUUAAAAUGAAUAUUAAAAUAUCGGAAGAUUUGAUUAAUGGAUGCGCUUUAUUAAAUAAACUUGCUUUUAUUGAAACAUG